AUGAAAAUCGCGUUUGGCGAUAUAAAUCUCCGUCUAACCUCUUUCUUUUCUUUUCUUUCUUUCUUUUUUGUUUUCCUUAUCACCUUCUAUCUAUCCCACUCUCUUAUAUUUUACUUAUUUUACCUUGCUAUUUCUGUCAUUGUUAAAGUUUCAGUUCAUCCUUUCUUGUUUUCCUUCUUUCUUUCGUUUAUUUUUCUUUCUUUACUUUUCUUUAUUUCAUACUUAUUUUCUUUAUACAGUUCUUUAUUUCUUUCUUUUUAUUUCUGUUUAUGCAUAUCUAUUUACUAUUACUUAUUUAUGCUUGCAUAUCUCUAUACUCAGAGACCUUUUCAUACCAUCUCUAUUUCUAUCUCUCUUUUUCCCUCCGCCUCUCUCUCUAUCUAUCUCUUCAGUUUUUCCAGUUUUUUUUCCCUUUUUUUAUUUCUUUCUGCUUUAUUUUCUUAUAAUCUUCAUCUCUUAAUUUCUCUCUUACUUUAUUUCAUUUCACUUAAAUUUUCUGCCUCACUGUUUCAUUUAUUACCGUAUUCAUUUUUCCUUUCCUGGGUUCUUCCUUUACUUUAUCUAUUCAUUUCUCUCUUUCUCAUCCUAAUUAUUUUAGACAGCAUAUUCAACUCUCAAUCUAUACUUCUUUUUUUUUUCUUUUUAACCACGUUAUCGUUUUGA